AUUUCCCUGAAUGGCAUCAAUUGUGUAGCACUCAAGCUGACGCGAACACUACAAUGAAUCAAAUCGCGCUGUGAUUGUUCAUUCGGUGAAGUGUUCAGGCGUCUGAUCAAGGACGACCCUGGCGAGCCAUGUUCUCUCUCGUGCCAAUCAGUGCGGCAUUAAAGGUCUGCGGGAGACGAGGCAUUGAUACACAUCUCUUUUAGAAUAUGCUUCCCUGCAUGACGGCCGGCAAACGAUGUUUCGAGACCACUUACUAAGCCGCAUCAGCAUCUGGACUCUCGGUCAGCCUCUUCAGACGAGCCCAAAUGAAUCUCUGCACGCGCCUUCUCCCUUCACUCUGUUUCCGGAUGCCAUAAUUUCUAAUGUGAAUACGCCAAACACGCCUACUCCAGGCUCGCUACUUCAACCAUCCGCGCUAGCACUACCAAACUCGUACGGCAGCACAAAUAGUCUAACACCUACAACGGUGUUCCAACUCGCCCAGCGGCUUGAGCUGCCACCGUUAUGAGAUGUGGGCUUGGUGUAUCCACUGAUAAUCCGCAUCGGUCCCCUGAAAGACGCUCACCAAGAUGCGCCACCGGUGAGCGACCCCGACAUUGUUAUUCUUU